GUGCAGGGGAGUCAGAAAUACUCCAAGUCUCCUGCAGCCUGCGCUGGAAGGAAACUCGCGUUUCUCGCUUCCCCUCUGCUCUGUGCCGUCUGCAGCCAGGGCCCGCAGGCACACGGCUGCUAAGGGGGCUGCUGCCCCCCAGCUGCCCAGGAGCAAGGGCCUGUGAUGUGCUCUUUAUCCCUAGGCUAGCCUUGCAGUGGGGAGUCAGGUCUCUCCCGUCGAGCCUUAGACCCACGCCUGCUUUGCUGUGGGGCCUGGAGUAGCCCCCCCGCCCCGGCCCCUCCCUGCCUACUCUCGCUCAGCUGAUUUGUACCCGGGUGCCCAGCCACGGGCAUUGGAGUUGGGGGAGACCUCUGUUGCAAGUCUAACAGAAUGUCUCAAAGAUAAGGACAAGAUAUAUGAGUGUUCUACUCUGACACAAGCCCAGGGGAUGCCUUCACGCCCUUGGUAUCUGGAAUGGCUGAGUUCAGAACAGAAUGCUAACAGGGCUUGAACGAGGAGGGGUUUCGCCUUGAGCAACAGGAUGUUCCCCGGAAGAGGGCACCCAAAUGGUUUCUUCCACCCCUGCCCUCAGGACAUCAACCCCUCCGCCUACCCUGCCGACUUUCGCAGGGGUGACGAGGACAUGGGGUGGGCGCCCCAGGACCAUCAGCAGGCAGCCAACUGGGAUUACCGACACAGGAGAUGCGAGGAAGGCUUCAGGGACAGGCGGCACUCGCCCUUUUCCCGAGACAUUGAACCCUAUCCUGCUGACUUUUACGGGGGUGACAACAGUGGGUGCUGGGCACCCCAGGACCAUCCGCAGCCAGCUAGGUGGGAGAACCAACCCGGGAGGCACGAGGAAGGCUUCAGGGAUGGGUGGUACUUGGCCACGCCACCUAACCAGCACUGCCCGAAGUCAAUAUCAAGGGAGGAACAUGGCAACUCCUGGGACAGGGAGCAAGGCUUCUUCCCCAGGAAGUAUCGUGGCCGCGCCUGGAAGCAUCAUCGCGGCCCUUUCCGAGGCGGCUACCGGGGGAAAUUCGACCCUCACUACCAGCGCUUUCAGUCUUGCUCCUCCAGAGAAGAGUUCAAGUCGUCCAGGUCGUCAGCCUCCCGCUCCCCAGAGAGACGCUCGGCGUCGAGUAGAAAGAAAAGUGUUUCAUCUAAGACAGAGAAAGCGAAAACAGCAGCGCCCAAGAAGCCUGGAAAAUCCAAGAAAGACUCCGCAGCUCCAGUGGAAGAACCCAAACCGCCCCAGGUCCAGCCGGAAGCUAGCCAGACAGCCACAGACCCUUCCAGCCAGGCCGGCUCUGCGCUGGAUACUGAACCCCCAGCUUCACCUGAAACCACAGAGGAUCUUCAUCCCAUGAGAACGGAAGGAACUGAGCUGGGCCACUGUUCAGUCCUGCAUCCACAGGUCCCAUCCUGCCCUGGGACAGUCCUCAUCCAUCUGAAAUCUCUCCAGGUCCAGCUGGGGGCCAGUCUGGAGGCUGCAGACAAUCACAGCCAGGCUGGCUGCACUCUGGCGACUGACUCAGUCCUGGCUGACACCCCGGGGGAUCUUUGUCUCCCGGAGGAAGAAAUAGAGACGGUCCAGCUGGAAGCCAGCCACGAAGCCACAGACCGUCCCAGCCAGGCCGGCUCUGAUCUAGCUGCUGAGCCACCAGCCCCACCUGAAACUACAGCGGAGCUUUAUCCAAUCCGAACAGAAGAUACUGAGCUGCUCCAGCUGGAAGACAACCUGAAGGCCCCGGAUCUUCUCAGCCAGGCUGUCUCUGCUCUAGCUACUUUACCUCCAGUCUGGUCUGAGAUCACAGAGGAGCUGCCUCCAGUGGGAAAGGAAGAAACUGAGCUGAUUAACCUCCUUCCCUCACCCUGUCUGAAAUCAACGCAGGAGCAGCUGGCCGCUCAUCAGGAGGACGCAGGCUAUCCUUACCAGGCCUGCUCUGCUCUGGCUGCCCCGUUGGAGACCAUGGAGUACCUUCGUUCUGCUGCCAUACUGGCCAGAAAGCAUGAAAUUGAGCUGUCCUACCAGCAGUCCAGCCUGGCCUUCGCUGUGGUGGCCGCCAUGCUGCUGCAGAAGGAGCCCUCCAUGGAGGCGGCGAUGGGCUCUGCGCUGCGGGCCAACCUGCGCCAGGUCGGGGGCCACUGCCUGCGGGAGCUGGAGCGCUUCAUUAGCAGCUACGACUCGGGCUCCGCCCGCUUGUGAGAGGCAGCACAGCGGCCAACGUCUGCUCCGGCUCUGAGCCCGAUGGGUGGUGGGUGAGAGCGAUGGCGGGGAGGGGGGGGAGCGCUACUAAGGACUGGGGCUGGAGCCCCAGCAGCGGGCCUGGCUGGGAUGAGAAACCAGCAGCUGCGGACUUGUGCGGCUGCAGCUGGAGAUGACGGGGUGGAGCAGAGCCCCCAGCGUGGAGGGCUGCAAUCACGGUGCUGAUGCGGGACAACGGCACGGAAUGGGAAAGGGGCCAUUGGCUUGAAGUAGCAGGGAGGGUUCGUAAUUUAGGAGGGGAGGGGGACUGCCUGGGGGGUAGGGCCGAAGGGGUCAGUAGCCGUGGGGAUGGAUAAGUGGUGCCAGAGGGGCUGGGGAUGGGUGGAGGGUUCUCGGGCGGGGCUGACAGAAGCCGAGGCUGUGAGUGAUGAGCGACAGCCUCCUCGGGAUAACACUUGCAGCGGUUUCACCCGGCCAGGAUCGGGGCCCCUGAGCCUCAUGGUCUCCUUGAAGGAGAGGAGUCCCCGCUUGGCUUCCCUGAACUUUGAAAUGUUUCUUUGUUUGUUUGUUUCUGGAGAAAAUUGUUUUAUCUCUGAAAAAUAAAAUGGCAGGUGAAGGGCAGAGCGCCCCCUGCAGCUGCCCCUGCGCCAUCA